GUAGAGAUGGGAUUUCACCAUGUUGGUCAGGCCAGUCUCAAACUCCUGACCUCAGGUGAUCCAGCCGCCUCGGCCUCCUAAAGUGCUGGGAUUACAGGCGUGAGCCACGGCCCUGGCCUUGAAUCUUUUUUAUAUGUUUAUUGGCCAUUUUUAUUCUUGUGGGAAGUGCCUGUUUCUGCAUUGCCUAUUUUCUGGCCAAGCCCCAAAGUCACAUUUCACUUAAUUUUUAUCCUGCUGAUUGAAAACAUUUUAAUAUAAACAGGAGCAGGACAGACUGUAAUUAUCUAGAUCUUGCUCUGUCACCCAGGCUGGAGUGCAGUGGCAUGAUCAUAGCUACCACAGCCUCAUACUCCUGAGCUGAAGCAAUUUUCAUACCUCAGCCUCCCAAGUAGCUAGGACUACAGGUGUGUGCCACCACGCCCAGCUAAUUUUUAAAAUUUUUUGUAGAGAUGCGAAUUCGCUAUGCUGCCCAGGCUGGUCUUGAACUCCUGACUUAAAGUGAUCCUCCCACCUUGGGUUGCCAAACUGUUGGGAUUACAGGAGUGAAUUACUACUCCCAGCCGAGAGCUCAUUUUGUUUGCUAGUGGCGAUCUUGGUAUCUUUUUAUAUUUGAGGCUUUGGUGCUAGUGCUGAAGUAUUACACUCACCAUCCGAGGUUUAAAGGACUUUUGUUUUAAUAUUGAAUAGAUGGAACUGUUUAGUUCUGCAUCUUUGCAGGCAUACAAAAUGUGCCUAGCAGGACUCUGCUUUAUAUCCAUGGAAAGCAAGAAGUAAUACAGUAAAACUUUGCCUGGCUAGAGGCUUUGGAAGAAUGAAGUAUUCUGAUUUAAUGCUAUUAACUUGGAAGUGUGAAGGUGAAAAGAAUUCAAAACUUACAUUUCCUUUUGAUUGCAAUUUGAAAAUACAGCCAGUGAUUCCACUUUUCUUCUCUAGUAAGUUUGGACGUUCUGAUCUACUUGGUGUUUUAUUAUAGAAGUGCUAGUGUGCCUGAGACUUACAUUGUGAAGACACUAAAAACUUGAGAGGUAAGAGGGUGUAAAUGGUAUUGUAUGAGAUCAGGCUGGAUGAGAACUGACACUUGUAAAUAUACUUUUUAGGCUGAAUCUCUGAUUGCCAUUUGUUUUCUUAUUUAACUCAUAAAAAUAAAACACAUUGGCUGGAGGGUGGGAAUAGGAAGGAGAUUUAUGUCUUUUAAUUGCAUGUCAUUGUUUCAUAUCAAGACAGAACAUAUGGUAUCCCUGGCUUUGGACCUACAGAAGGAAACACAUUUUUCUACCUGCUGUAUGCCAGAGGUUCUUGAACACCUGGAAGGAUGACUGCAGCACAGAUUGCUGAGCCCUACUCCAGAGUUUCUGAUUCACCAGGUCCAGGGUGGGGCCUGAGAAUUUGCACUUAUAAAAAGUUCUCAGGUUCUGCUGGUGCUGCUAGUCCAGAGGCUACAUUUUUGAGAACCCCUCUUGUCUACUAACUGUAAAUUGUAGAACUCUAGAACAAAGCUUAGUUUGGUGUGGGAAAGGAAGCUCACAGGUUAUGGAGCAAAUCAUGAAAGAUUCAACCCUUGAUCCCAGCCUCGUGUGGAAUUCAGGUAACAGUCAAUACACAGUGACAUAACACAAUUCUUGGUUUUCAUGAUUGCAAGUCAUAGCCAAGUAUCAAGUGAGAAAUUCAGUUUCAUUUGCAAGGCUUAGAGAGGCCAGGUGAUUCUAGAAAAAUAGGCCUUGUAUUUGCUUUAAACCAGUAAAGAGCUUUGAGUGCUUAUUAAAUGGAAAGCUUUGUGUUUCUAUUUAUUUUUGACUAUUUUAUUUUUUUUGAGAUGGAGUCUCAGUCUUUCACCCAGGCUGGAGUGCAGUGGCAUGACCUUGGCUCACUGCAACUUCCGCCUCCCGGGUUCAAUUGAUUCUCCUGCCUCAGCCUCCCGAGUAGCUGGGAUUACAGGUACCCAUGACCACACCUGGCUAGUUUUUGUAUUUUUAGUAGAGACAGGGUUUCACCAUGUUGGCCAGGCUGGUCUUGAACUCCUGACCUAAGGUGAUCCACCCACCUAGGCCUCCAAAAGUGCUGGGAUUACUGGUGUGAGCCACCACACCCAGCCCAAAAUCUUUGUGUUUUUAAAGAUAUUAGACAUGUUUCUUGUUUUUAAAAAAAUCUUAAUAAUGUAGGAGAAUAAGAGAAAUGUUUUUUCCAGAACAGAGAAAUCACUGUGAUUAUUUUAACUUAUUGGAAUGUUGGAUAAUAUAGUCCACUUCAUUCAUUAAUUAUCAAACAUGCUAUGGAUUUUCCAUUUUUAUAGGAUUUGUGUCUUAAUUGGGGUAAUACUGGUAAUUCUUAUACUCCAUCUGAAGAUGAAAAAUGUAGGCCAAAAUCAUAGACCACGCAUAGAAGCUGGAUAAUGAAGACAGCUCUGGAGGAACAUGUAGACACACACACACUGACACACAUAUAUAUAAAGUAUAAACACAUAUAUUUUUUAAAGUUUAUUUUUAACAUUUUAAGGCAAAACCCAGCCCUCCCCUCUCCCGGAGUAGGCAGGCCCCGCCCCUCUCCCCAAGUGGGCGGGGACAGCAGUCGCAUGGGCAGCUUUCCUUGUGAUGCCACAGGUUCCUCUGGACACACUGCGGCCUGGCCACGCCUCCUUUCCCUUUCAUCUUUCUCAUUGACCAAUGGGAUUGGAGCAUUAAGGCCACACCCCUAUUCUGCAUUCUAGUGUGGCCCUGGUUACGCCUCCUCUGGCUCAGUCACACAGCCCUCUGGUAGGUGACUGGAGGUGAUUGCUGAUGUGGCCCCAACCCUACCUCCCUCCCGACCCCAUGAUGUUAGAAGAAACUCGACAGAAGAAACUGGCAGCAGCCAAGAAAAAGCUAAAAGAAUAUCAGCAGAGGAACAGGCCUGGUGUUCCAGCAGGAGCGAAGACAAAAAAGAAAAAAACUGGCAGUAGCCCUGAGACAACCACUUCUGGUGGUUGCCACUCACCUGGGGAUAGUCGGUACCAAGAACUGGAAGUAGCCCUGGACUCAAGCUCCAUGACAGUCAAUCAACUAAAUGAAAACAUAGAAUCAUUGAAACAACAGAAGAAACAAGUGGAACAUCAACUGGAAGAAGAAAAGAAAGCAAACAGUGAAAUACACAAAGCACAAAUGGAGCAGUUACAGACAAUCAACAUCCUCACGUUGGAAAAGACAGACUUGAAGACCACCCUUUACCAUACUAAACGUGCUGCCUGACACUUCGAAGAAGAGUCCAAGGAUCUGGAUGGCCACCUGCAAUACUCCUUACAGCGUAUUCAAGAAUUGGAGCGGGCUCUCUGUGCUGUGUCUACACAGCAGCAGGAAGAGGACAGGUCCUUGAGCUGCAGAGAAGUGGUCCUCCAGUGGUGGUUACAGCAGACCAUAAAGGAGCAGGCACUGCUGAACGCACACGUGACACAGGUGACAGAGUCGCUAAAACAAGUCCAACUAGAGCAGGACGAAUAUGCUAAACACAUAAAAGGAGAGAGGGCCCGGUGGCAGGAGAGGAUGUGGAAAACGUCGGUGGAGGCUCGAACAUUGAAGGAAGAGAAGAAGCAUGACAUACAUCGGAUACAGGAGCUGGAGAGGAGCUUGUCGGAACUGCAAAACCAGAUGGCUGAGCCCCGGUUCCCGGCACCCCCAGCAGGGACCUCUGAGUUGGAGCAGCUACAAGAUGAGGCCAAACAGCUGAGGAAGGAAGUGGAGGGACUGGAGGGAAAGCUCCCAUCCCAGGUGGAAAACAACCAAGCCUUGAGUCUCCUGAGCAAGGAACAAAAUGAGAGGCUCCAAGAGCAGGAGGAACGGAGGGUGCGGGAGCAGGAGAGACUGUGUGAGCAAAACGAGAGGCUUCAGGAGCAGCAGAAGAGGCUGGGGGAGCAGGGUGAGAGGCUGCGAAAGCAGGAGCAGAGGCUACAGAAGCAGGAGGAGAGGCUGCAAAAGGAGGAGGAGCGGCUGCGAAAGCAGGAGGAGAGGCUGUGGGACUAGGAGAAGAGGCUACGAAAGCAGGAGGAGAGGCUGCAAAAGCAGGAGGAGUGGCUGCGAAAGCAGGAGGAGAGGCUGUGGGACAAGGAGGAGAGGCUACAAAAGCAGGAGGAGAGGCUCACGCUCUCCCAGAACCACAAGCUUGACAAGCAGCUGGCCGAGCCACAGUGUGGCUUCGAGGAUCUGAACAACGAGAACAAGAGCACACUACAGUUGGAGAAUCAAGUAAAGGAGCUGCAGGAGAAGCCAGUCGAGGAACCAGCUGCCAGCCACCAGAACCAACAGCCAGAGACCCAGCUAAGCCUCGUGGCUCUCCCUGGAGAAGGAGAUGGAGGAGAACAUCUGGACAGUGAGGAGGAGCAGGCGCCUCAGCCCAUGCCAAACAUCCCAGAAGACCUGGAGAGCCGGGAGGCCGUGAGCGGCUUUAUGGACCUCCGGAAGGAGAAGGCAGACAGGAAGGAGCAGUUGGAAAAACUAGAGACUGGAUUCAUCCAGCUCUCUGGAGCAACAGAUGGCAUGAGAGAGUACGUCACCGUAUAUGAGAGCCAGGGGGCAGUGCCAAACACGCAGCACCAGGAGAUGGAGGAUGUCAUCAGUCUGGCCCAGAAUGAGGAGGAAAUGAAGGCGAAUCUACUGGAGCUGCAGGAGCUGAUGUUGCCACUUGGGGGCGACCACAACGAAGGGCAUGACAAAUUCCUCGCCACUGCCCAAAACCCUGCUGAUGAGCCCACUCCAGGGGCCCCAGCCCCCCAGGAACUUGGGGCUGCCGGUGAGCAGGAUGAUUUUUAUGAGAUAAGCCUGGACGACAGCGUGGAGCGUGCACCAGCAGCGGCCAGAGAGGGUUCUCCCCAUGACAACCCCACUGCACAGCAGAUCGUGCAGCUACCUCCUGUAAUGCAGGACACCCAGGAGCACCCAGGCUUGCCCAGCAACCCCUGCAUACCAUUCUUUUACCAGGCAGCCAAGAACAGGGAGAUAAACAUCAUCAUCAUCUAAGAGCUGGUCAAGAAAUUUAAAACAACAACAACAACAAAAAGUUACGGGGUUCAUCUCCUACACAAUUCAUUUACUCCAUUUGAAUGUUAGAGCCAGUCAUGUUUAUUUGUGUUUCUAACUUACCGUUUAAAUUUAUUUGUAAAAAGUUAAGGGAGAGUUGGUCUUUCCCUGAUGUUCA